AUGAUACUGCUAGAGGUUGAGCAAUUGAAAAAGAAGGUAUCAGAGAUGGAGGAGCUACAAGGAAACAGCAACAAUUGGGGUCUGAAGUACUCUAGACGAGUAUUGAUCACCUCUACAUUCCUGUUAGGCAUUUGGGUUAGCAUUUCAAGGAUACUGAUGUAUAUAGGCAGACAGAAGAAACUCAGACUGUUGCACGUCAUGGUGCCUGCUUUGAGUGGGCAGCAAGAGUCAAAGAAUCAUAUUCUGUUGUUCAUGUUGGAGGCCAUUUCCAAUGCUGCGAGAAAGAGUUGGAUAUUCUUCUUCUCCACCUUUUUGUUGACCAGGAACAGUGCUUGGAAGAGACAGACUGGUCUUAUCUGUAGUACCACAUAUUCAUUAUAUCUGGCGGCGGUGAUGGAAUACCUCCCUUGGACAAACUAUUUCAAUGUCUUUGCCAGUCUCCUCUAUAUCACUGCAGCCUGGAGUACAACCAGUGUCAACAAUGGACGUUUCAAAGAUAUAUUUAAACUAUUAUAA